AAAACAACAGUCCACCCCAAGCACAUGCUGGUGGGAAGCAUGUUCUAGUGCUUCCAAAUAACUCUAUUGCCUUGGAUGGCUCAAGGUCUGCUGAUGACCAGGGGAUUGUGUCGUAUUUGUGGAUUCGGGAUGGCCAAAGCCCAGCAGCUGGGGAUGUGAUCCAUGGCUCAGACCACGAGGCAGUACUGCAGCUAACUAAUCUGGUGGAAGGAACCUAUACGUUUCAUUUGAAAGUGACAGAUGCUAAAGGAGACUCAGAUAUUGAUUCAGCAACUGUUGAAGUGCGGCCUGAUCCCAAAAAGAGUGGUCUGGUGGAGCUGAUUCUGCAAGUUGGAGUGGGACAGCUGAGUGAGCAGCAGAAGGACACCCUGGUGAGACAGCUGGCUGUAUUGUUGAAUGUUUUGGAUUCAGAUAUCAAAGUUCAGAAGAUACAAGCCUACUCUGAUAUAAGCACCGCGGUUGUGUUCUACGUGCAGAAUGGGCAUCCUUCCAAGGUGAUCAAGGCAUCAGAUGUCUCGCGAACUCUGCAUGUGCAGCUUUUGAAAGAGAAGGCUGACUUUCUGCUUUUUAAAGUCCUGCGGGUUGACACAGCUGCCUGUCUUUUAAAAUGCUCUGGACAUGGACACUGUGACCCCAUAACAAAGCGCUGCAUUUGCUACCAGCUGUGGAUGGAAAACUUGAUUCAUCGUUAUCUAAAUGAUGGAGAGAGUAAUUGUGAGUGGAGUAUACUCUAUGUGACUGUAUCUGGUUUUAUUUUGAUUGUGGUCAUCGUAGGGCUUGCCUGGUUCUGCAUCUGCUGCUGCAAAAGCAGAAAGAGGACAAAGAUAAGAAAGAAAACAAAAUAUACCAUCCUAGAUAACAUAGAUGAGCAGGAGAGAAUGGAGCUACGACCCAAAUAUGGUAUAAAACACAAAAGUACAGAACACAACUCCAGUCUGAUGGUCUCUGAGUCAGAGUUUGACAGUGAUCAGGACACUAUCUUCAGCAGGGAAAAGAUUGAAAGAGAGAAUCCUAAAACCCUAAUGAAUGGAUCCAUCAGAAAUGGAGUUUCCUUCAGCUACAGCUCCAAAGACAGAUAA